CAUAGAGGAAGUGUCAUCAUUUCCUUAGCAAAGACAGAAGGAGCUGACGAGGUCGUUGAAGAAGCUUGUCCAAAUAAUAAACAUAUUGCAUUUAUAAUAUAGGAUAGCAUAGAUCGUGGAACCUUCUGUUUUGUGUGAAGCUUUGAAGAAUUAACCCACAGCAAUGUCGGCCCAAGCUCAAAUGAGAGCUUUGCUCGAUCAACUAAUGGGGACAGCGAGGGAUGGUGAGUAGCAAAACGGCGGUGACUAGCUUGCUAGCUAAAAGAUGGAGCCAUUCAGAGAUACUUUUCUAAGGCUGCGUUUACACAGGCAGGCCAAUUCUGAUGUUUUUUCCACUAAUUUGUCUUUUUACCAAUCACAUGAGAUCUUUUCACAUCAGAUCGUUUUCAGAGCUGAUCUGAUUGGUCAAAAUACGAAUGAAUUAAUUAGUGAAAAAAAAAUCAGAAUUUGUCUACCUGUCUGAACGCAGCCUAAUAUGUGUGAGCCAGUGACUUGCACUUAGCAUUCUAGCUAGCUAGUUUACUAUCUAGCUAACUCGUUUUUGUGGCGUGUUUCAGUUGGACAUAUCUUGAAUGAAUGGCGUACAAGAGGACGGCUGUGUGACAUAAAAUCAGCUCAGUCUCCGGCCUAGUUGUUGUUUCUCGAUUUAAUGUUUGUAUCCAUAGCUAAUGACGUCCACUCUGGCAUUCAUUGUUGAUAGACCAGCUGGCUAGAUAAGUAAUGAUCAUCUAGACGCCCCUCUGAGUUUAAGGUCCCCACCCUGAGUUUUCAAGUGGUCCCUGAAAAAGCGGGGAUAAAACUCAUGUUAUAACUAAUACAUUUCAAUCGAAUGUAUUUUUACUACACACAUCCACGUUCUUAUGUUGUUCAGUUAGAUACAUCGCUAGCCAGGGUUGGGGUCAAUUUCAUUUAAAUUCCAGUAAAUUCAGGAAGUGCACAUCCCAUUCCAAUUCUCUUAAAUAAUUUUCAAUUAGAAAAAAAUUGAAUUACAAUUUGGUUUACUUUCUGAAUUGACUGGAAUUGAAACUGAAUUAACCCCAACCCCGAAGCUAAUUAUAUUUAGCAAGGCCUACAUGCAGUAUAGGAUAACAAAGCUAGCCUAUCUUGUAAAUACUAAAUAGUCAGUAAGGAUAUCAAGCAAGUUCUUGACAGGAGGUUAAAACAGUUAGUCAUACAGUGCACCGUAUCUAGUAUUGUGUAGCAUUUGUACAAGCACCCCUUCCAUAGUAAAUUAUGUAUCUGGCUACAAGGAUACUAGCCCUACGAAGCUUGCCGUCACAUAUACAGUCAAUAACAGUAAGUACAGUUAUUUUAACAGUAGCUUUCUGUCUUAGGGCAUUCUAUAGUAACAGCUUGUGAGAUAUGCACCCGACCCUUUGCUCUACCUGUAUUUAGCAGCACGUAUCCCACGUUGGACGGUAUCCGUAGACUGUUCUGAUUAAAAACGUUGCUUGCAGUGCCCAAGAAAGUAUUACAUCCAAUUGUUUGACGCUACCUUCACCCCCUCCCAAUCUAAUUCAAAGAUGGAUUCACGCUCUUGCUUCUAGACAGGUAAACAGACUGUCUGCAAUCAUACCACUUCCUGUCAUGAGCACUAGCCCAGCGAAAGGGGCACGGUGCUGCCAACCUCUGCAGCGGCUGCGAUACCCAUUAAUGUUGCUAGCCGCGUUCGAGAGCAUCAAUCUUGAUGUACCACGGGUAAAUUGUGACCGACUGAUUGAUCUACAAAUAAUAAUGUGUCGUUAUUUAUGAUGCAAGGUGAUUUGUUGGUCAGUCGGCAGUCGACCUGCACUGUCGAACAAGACUGUUUUGUUGAUCCGUGUGGGUGGCUGCGUCGUGCCCAUUUUGUUGUGCUUCAGCUCGUAACAGGAAGUGUUAUUAUUACAAACAGUCUGUAUUUACCUGUCUAGAGGUGAGAGUGUGCCAUGCGAGUGCACAGCUCGGGAAUCCAUCUUUUGAAUUCGUUUGGAGGGGGUGGCGGUAGCGUCAAACAAUUGGAUGUAAUACUUUCUUGGUCACCCCUCCGACACAAACAGCGUCGACUGUCUACAAAUUGUAUGGAUAAGGUCCAAAACAGGUACAGCAAUAUCUCUCAAGCUGUCGCUAUAAAAUGCAAUUAGUCCCGGCUUAUUAAUAAAGGUGUCAAAUUAGGCUACAAGGAUACAAACAUUGAAAACAUAACAGCUGCCAUUUAGUAAGGACGUCAUGCCUACAAUGGUGACAUGUAAAGUCGGAUAAACCGACCCCAGUCCAUGGUUCUUUUUUGGGCUUUAAUCAGCCUAACAAAGUGAGUUUGUGUCGAGUGAGUUUGUGUGUGUGUUGAGAUGAAUACAAAUUCUUCCCGUACAUAUGUUGCAUACAAACUGAACAAUUGUGGCCCCUUUAUUUCAUUCAUGAAGGUUCAGUGUAUCUUUGCCAGCCUACAUCAAUCUGCAAAGGAGUUGCAGAAAAGCCUCAUGUUCAUCGAGCCGUGAGUCACACAUGAUUUUUAAAGCUGUUAUGAAUAAUAAUAAUCCAAACGAUUGUUUUCUUUCCCGGAAGUUGUACCUUUUUUUUUUUAGCAUCACAACAAUGGAUAUUAAAACCUUCAAUGACACUUUGAAUUACAAUUUGGAAGUAGUUGCAGCUUGAAUUAAGACGUUGCCUGGUUACGUUGAAAGCCACGUUUAUUGUCAAGCAGAGACGAUAUUAGCCAUCGGAAAGCUUUGCACAGAUCUUUACAAUCUUACUUGUGUAUCAUUCCACGCUUCCUUACUACAGGUUUGAGCAAGAACUGUCCCCAUUUAUACUUUUCUACAGCGGGUUUAAAAUUCUGCAGCUGAGGUCUUGGAGAAUGCAGAUGGGUACAGUAUGUUGCAGCUCGCAGUGUGUAUAAAGCUAACAUUUUUCUUGGGUUUUCUUUCAAUGUUCCAUUUGUGUCAGGGACUUCGUUGGCGCCAACUAUAGGCUAGGCCUGAAUCUAUUUUAAAUGGUCUCAUUUUGUUGAAGUUAGGAGAUCUAGCUGACGCCGUAACAGCUGUUACGGUGACACAUCCCAGUUAAGCUGAGUGACAAUGUCAUGAGACCAAGGGAGCCUCAUGAGCCUGUCCUUGUCAAUCAUUAAAAACACCCAUACAGUAGGCUUACAACCAUUUGGUUGUUGGAUUUUUCUAUAGGCCUAUAUUCUUCAGUUGAACAGGUGCUUUCAGAAAGCCAUGACGAGAGUGGCAAGUCACUGUCUUAGCACAACCAUAUUCUUAAUGUAGUAUCGAGGCUCUGGUAAGGUAAGCCUCUAGGUUACAGCAGAAAAUACAGCAAGCCUUAAGGGACACACCACUCUAGUCCCAAUGCAGCCCCCAUUGUUUACCAGAUAAAACGCUGACUGGUAAACCUGGGUCAGGUUUAAGAUUACCUAAGGUUUGGCUUUAAACACGUAAAAAUGUUUUUACAAAGCCACAUUUUGGGAUAUCUUAAGACAACGUGGAUGUCGUUGAAUACUGUCCAAAAGGCACACAUUCUGUCACUUGAUGCAUUCUAGCUGAAUAUAUCUAUGUUCAUUUUACCCCAAUAAAGAGAAUCCCAAGAUGCAGUUGUAUAAGAAUUGUCAAAUCUUUGCCCCUUUACCCUAAUAUGGGUAUAAAGCAUUGGAUACCUCGCUCUAGUGGACCAAUAGCUAUGUGAGCUAUUUCUGACUGUUGCUUUUUGCAUGUUUCAGGGGACGAGACGCGGCAGAGGGUCAAGUUCACUGACGAGCGGGUCUGCAAAAGCCAUCUCCUGAACUGCUGUCCCCACGACAUCCUCUCUGGAACUCUGACUGACUUCAUCGACAGCGUAUGGAUCUGGGAGAAUGUGCGAAGACCCACGACCUGGCGCUCCGGGCCGACUAUGAAAUCGCCUCCAAGGCGAGGGAACUCUUCUUUGAGCUUGACGCUGUGGAUCACCUGGAGUCUUUCAUCGCUGAUUGCGACCGUAGAACAGAGUUGGCCAAGAAACGACUGGUGGAGACUCAGGAUGAGAUCAGUGCGGAGGUGGCUGCAAAGGCAGAGACUGUCCACGAGCUGAAUGAAGAGAUCGGGAAGCUCCUGGCCAAGGCAGAGCAGCUGGGAGCCGAGGGGAACGUAGAUGAAGCCCAGCUGAUCCUACAGGAAGUGGAGAAGGUCCGCAGCAGGAAGAGGGAUGCCGAGGAGGAGUACAGAAACUCCAUGCCUGCCUCCAGUUUCCAGCAGCAGAAGCUCCGUGUCUGCGAGGUAUGCUCUGCCUACCUGGGUCUCCACGACAACGACCGUCGCCUGGCCGACCACUUUGGCGGGAAGCUGCACCUGGGCUUCAUCCAGAUCAGGGAGAAACUGGAAGCCCUGAAGAAAAUAGUCACUGACAAGCAGGAGAAGAGGAACCAGGAUCGUCUCAAGAGGCGAGAAGAGAAAGAGAAGGAAGAGAUGAUGAAGAAGAGGACCAAAUCACGGAGCAGGGAACGGAGCAGGGAACAUAGGUCCCGCUCUCGCGAACGUAGGAGACGGCGUUCCCGUUCCUCGUCUCGGGAGAGGCGGCGUUCCUCCCGCUCGCGCUCCAGGGACCGGGAGAGGAAGAGACGCCACUCCCGAUCCUGCAGCAAGGGCCACCGCCACGAGCCCAGCACCAUACACAAGUCGUCCAGGGAUCGCGAGCGCUCCUCCAGAGACCAUUCACGGGAGCGAAGCAGGAAGAGGGGAUCCUCCGAGCGGCGCCAAGACAGCAGGGAUCAGAACGGGAGGACGGACUCCCGCCGGGCACAGGACAGGGACAGAGACACCGGGGGCCUCUGAGGACUCUUGCUAUCCAUCCUCAAAACACCACCUCCUUUUCUCUCUUUCAUACCUGUCCACAUAUCUAUAAGUACUCUCUUAACAGCAAUGUCCAGAGACGUUUUGAUUUGAGAUAUUCCAGCCAACCCACUGUGUCCCGAAUAAAUAGACCUUAUAUGACCACAGGUGUGUGUGUAUAUAUCGUAUAUUGCACAAAUAUAUACAGUACCAGUUAAGUUUAGACACACCUACUCAUUCGAGGGUUUUUCUUUAUUUUUACCAUUUUCUACAUUGUAGAAUAAUAGUGCAGACAUCAAACUAUGAAAUAACACACAUGGAAUCAUGUAGUAACCCAAAAAAGUGUUAAACAAAUCAAAAUAUAUUUGAGAUUCUUCAAAGUAGCCACCCUUUGCCUAGACAACAGUUUUGCACACUCUUGGCAUUCUUUCAACCAGUUAUAUGAGGUAGUCACCUGGAAUGUAUUUCAAUUAACAGGUGUGCCUUGUUAAGUUAAUUUGUUGUAUUUCUUCCCUUAAUACGUUUGAUCCAAUUAGUUGUCUUGUGGCUUUUUGACUGGGACUGUAUAUAUUUCAAGCAUUCAAAUAUAUCCUGGGAUAAGGGUGUGGGGGGAUGGUAGUUGUUGAAUGUUGUGGGGGUGCACAAAGUCCUGCCAGCAUAUGUUUUAAGUGAAGGCUGUUGAUUGCAAUACAUUUGAUUUUAUAUAUAUAUAUAUAAAUUCUAUGAAACGAUCCUAAAUAUACAUGUUAAGUGGUAGCUAUAUAAAGGAUAAAUUAAUGACCAUUGAAUGAACCAUAAACUUAGAGCAUUUAAAUGUUUCUGUGUUUUGAUACUGUUAUUUUUAAAUUGUCAGGAUUGCUGUGGGAUUGAGACACUGCUUAAUCAAACUUCCUGCAUACUGUCCUGGGUCGUGUUCAUUAGGCACCAAACGGAAGAAACCGGACUGAAACAGGGAGGGGUCAUCUGGAUUUGUCCAAUAAGAAAAGCACAUUUUUGUUUUCCCGUAAAAAUGUAGCGAAAGGUUUUUAAUUAGUGCCCUAAUGAACACGACUUGGCAUACUGCCUUAGAUUGGCUUCUCUCUGUGACGCUUUCUUCCCUUCCUAGAGGCUAUUUCACAAUGCUAGUCGCAAUAAUUUGCAAAAAAUAUUUAACAUUCCAGUAAUCAUAGGUCGGAUAUGUGCAGAACAGAUUAUAAGAUUGUUCAACUAAAACAUUGUUGUUUGACUGGAUCAGGACAUUUGGAAAUACAAAAGGAAUUUGGUCAGUUGUGAACAUUAGUGAGCUCAUUUCUAUCAGCUUGUGAAAUACCCUUUGCAUCUAUAGUUGUGGCCUAGACUUACUGACGGGACAUUUGUAUCUGGAGAGAUUGUAGCAGUUCGAUUGAAUAUGUCAUAAUACGGACAGGAUUUUCUUACGCUUUAGAUUUUAUUUGCCUUUGUGUUCACAAAUGGAGUAUUUUUUUUUUUUUAUAUAUAUAUAUAUAGAGAAUUUUACAAGUUUGUUCCAAGUUUUCAUGUUAUGUGAAGUCUGUAUUUGUGUGUAGUAGACAUGAUGGACUUUGCAUUUCUCUCCAAUGGAUUGAGUAGGAAAUGCUGUUUUGGAUUGAGAAUGACUGUAUGUGACCCUAGAAGUCAGCUGCGUUACCAUGGUAGUCAGCCACGUUACCCUGGUUUUGGACUAUGACACUUGGUGCUGGGAACAAUAUCCUAAGUACCUGCUUAUGUUCAUUUUACUUUCCAGUAUUUUGAUGCUGAAUCCGCAGCUUGUACAUCUUCUGAAUGUGUUGGUUCAUGUAUGUCAGUCACUUGAAAUUGGAUGCAAACACAUUUAAAGGAAUGCACAACUUUUCCUAAUGGGUGCCAGCUCUAGUAUUGGUCAGGUCUGUUUGUAUUAUUUUGCUAGAAGAUGAUUUUGUCUGAAGCCUGAAUAAAAAUCCCAGAAUUGUAUUAAUCUA